AGCAACAGUUCUUAGUCUCUUUUCUUAUUGUUUUAUCACCGUAAAUGACAGAAAAACUAUUUUUAAGUUGCCGUUCAAAACAGGGACUACAACACGACUCACUUCACAGGUGAGCAGCACCUCCGCUCGCGGUUGCCAUGGAGCGACAGCGGAUCACUGAGCGCAGCGCGAGCGCUAACGUGGCCUCCACAUACACACUGGAGGAGCGAGCAGAGCUCCAGACUUCAUCCGGAGUGAAGAAACACCAUCAUAAACACAGUCUCAAGCGCCGUUAUGAAGUGCUGGAGACGCUGGGCAAGGGCACGUACGGCAAAGUCAAGCGCGCGGUGGCGAGACAGUGUGGAAAGACGGUGGCUAUUAAAUCCAUUAGAAAGGAGAGAUUAAGGGAUGACCUGGAUAGGGCUCACAUCCAAAGAGAAAUUGAAAUCACCGCCUCUCUUACGCACCCAAAUAUCAUCUGUCUAUAUGAGGUGUUUGAGAGCAGAGAGAGGAUUGUGAUGGUGAUGGAGUAUGCGAGUGGAGGAGAGCUUUAUGAGUACAUUCAGCAGAAACAGAGACUGUCAGAAAAAGAGGCCAGACACUUCUUCAGGCAGAUCACCUCUGCUGUGCAUUACUGCCACAAAAAUGGUGUGGUUCAUCGUGACCUCAAACUGGAGAAUAUACUUCUGGACAAGGACUUAAAUGUGAAGUUAGCUGACUUUGGCUUGUCCAACCGCUACAUGAGAGGCCGAUGUCUGGACACUUUCUGCGGGAGCCCCCUGUAUGCUUCACCAGAGAUUGUCAACGGACUUCCAUACCACGGCCCUGAGGUGGACUGUUGGUCUCUUGGUGUGCUGUUAUAUGCUCUGGUUUAUGGCUCCAUGCCUUUUGAUGGCACAAGUUACAGCAUCCUUAAAGAGCAGAUCCGCCAGGGACGAUACAAGACCCCUGAUAUCUCAUCAGGGGCCUAUUCAUUGAUUGGAUGGAUGCUCACAGUAAAAGUAGAGGACAGAGCCACUGUGGAAGACAUCGCUAACCAUUGGUGGCUAAACCUAAACUGUCCUAACUUCCCAGAUACUUCAUUCUCAGGAGUUACAGAGAGUAAACCACGUGCCUCUACCCUACCGAGAAAGAAACAUAAGGAAAGAACUUUCAGCCCAAACAGCAGCUCUAUUCUGCUGUCCCCUCUUGAACCUUCUUCCUACAACCAGUCCAUGAAACUGCCAAAGAAGGGCAUCCUGAAGAAGCUCUACAAUCAGGUUGAAUACACAUGUCUCUCUGAGCACACAGACAGGUCUGGGUCUGCUGGAGACAGGAAAGCAGACACUAGCGAAGAUGUGGAAAGAAUUGCGACAGAUAUCGGGAGGAAGAGGAAGGGCAUUCUUAAGUGUAACGGAAAAGUUCUCUGGUGUUUCUCCAAUCACAUCGGCUCCUACGUGGUCGCACAGUUUCAGCAAAACUAGCCAAGAGGGUGAUGGAGGUGGACAGCAGGAAAUGGAGUUUGAGAUCAAGAUCUCUCUUUGGAAAACACAUGAGUCUACAGGCCUACAGUUUCCCCAGAACAGAUAUUUUGAUCAUGCACACUUACUAUAAAUGCACUGAAUUCAAUAUAGGUAACAGUUUACAAUAAGGUUCAAUUAAGUAUCACUAACAGUGAACAGUCUUAUUAUUAAUAUAGGUCAAUGUUAAUUUAUACUAUUUACUUAAUAUACUAUUGUUCACUGUAAUUCAUCUUUGUUAAUAACAUUUAAACAUUGUUAAUGAUUUAAACCUAGUCUUGCUAUAUAUAUUACCAUUCAAAUGUUUGUGUUUUUUUUUACUGUUUCCACCAGGUAUCAAGAUACGUUUUGGUCGAUUGGAUCACAAGUAGACGAGGAAGAUGCAUACCGUUUAC